UUUGAAAAAGUUUGAUGGAAAUCGAACGGCAACGAAGGCGUCACGGUUCACAAGAGCCGGCUUAGAAGGCAGGUGAUUCAUCCUAUUUUCAUUAUACACACAUUUCAGCUCUCUCUCUCUCUUCUUGCGCGAGCCAGAAGAGCGAGAAAGAGAAGAAGGUCAGAGCCCACUUUCUCUCUGCCUCUCUCUCUCUCUCUCUCUCUCUCUCUCUCUCUCUAUUUUCCUCGAUUUUGCAUUCCAGUCGUCGAUCCAGACGUUGAACAAGAACAGGAAGAAGACGAAGCAGAAGAAGAAUGAGAAGAUUCUUGGAACUCUAUUUAAUUAAUUCAACAUCACGCGGUUGAAGGACUUGUUGUUGAAUUUUGCUUCUCGGAUUUCUUAUUCGAUUGUUAGUUUUUAAAACCUUUUCUCGUCGAGUUUCGUUUUCCUAUUGCUCGCGAGAGUUUUAGGGUUAGGGCUUGCGGAAUGAAUUGUGUGCUCUGAUCCGAGGGUCUUCGACGGAGCUUCGAUUUCGAAGGGUUAGGGGAUCGGCGCGGAUGGAGGCGCCUGGCAGCAAUACCGACCCAUACAGAGGUUCUUCUUCGGGGAGUAGUAGUAGUAGUAAUUCCAGGCGAUAUGGAAUGCAAUUAUCUGCGUCAAAUUUUAUUCGGGCACCAUUAUCGGCAUUGUUGGAGUAUUCAGCUAGUAUUCUACGGGCCAGGUCAGGUGAUCAGGAGACGGAAAGCUUGAUUAAUGGAAAUGUUGUCGGUGCUGGUUUCCGGGAUCACAUUCAGAAUCGGCCUGAGGAGCCUGCAUUGACUGGAAACGGCGGAGAGGUUUCAAUUAGGAUAAUAGGUGCCUGCGAAAAUGAGCAUGACAGGACGGUGGCUGGGAAUGCGAUGCCCUCUUCUAUAUCUGCUGCUGCGCAGGUAACUGAGGCAAGUGGCCAUGAUGAGGUAGCUGUGCAGCAGAUGAGUGGAGUGGUUUCAGAGGGUACGGGAGAUUCUAGGAAUGAUCGCAGGUCGGGAGAGGGAGCUUCACAAUCAUCGAAUGGAAGUGCUGAUGGGGAAGUUGUGGAUGGGGUUGGAGCAAAUAACAGGGAUUCUUCUUACCAGAGGUAUGAUAUUCAGCAGGCUGCAAGGUGGAUUGAGCAAAUCCUUCCCUUCUCUUUGCUUCUCUUGGUGGUCUUUAUCCGGCAGCAUUUGCAAGGUUUCUUUGUGACAAUUUGGAUUGCUGCUGUUAUGUUUAAGUCAAAUGAUAUUCUGAGAAAGCAGACAGCUCUGAAGGGAGAGAGAAAAAUUCCUUUGCUGAUUGGCAUCUCUUUCAUAUUUAUGCUUCAUGUGGUUGGAGUUUACUGGUGGUACCGGAAUGAUGAACUUUUGUACCCAUUGGUCUUGCUUCCUCCAAAAAAUAUCCCACCUUUUUGGCAUGCUGUUUUCAUUAUCAUGGUGAAUGAUACUUUGGUCCGGCAGGGGUCAAUGGUUUUCAAGUGUAUACUUCUAAUGUAUUACAAAAACAGCAGAGGUCGAAAUUAUCGUAAGCAGGGCCAAAUGCUUACUUUGGUUGAAUAUUUGUUACUUUUGUACCGUGCUUUGUUGCCAACACCAGUCUGGUACCGUUUCUUCUUGAACAAAGAGUAUGGCAGCCUAUUUUCAUCACUGAUGACAGGGUUGUAUUUAACUUUCAAGCUUACAUCUGUUGUUGAGAAGGUUCAAUCCUUCUUUGCGGCAUUGAAAGCAUUAUCACGUAAAGAGGUCCAUUAUGGUGCUUAUGCGACAUUAGAACAGGUCAACGCGGCAGGAGAUUUGUGUGCUAUAUGCCAGGAGAAGAUGCAUGCUCCAAUCCUACUUCGUUGUAAACACAUCUUUUGUGAAGAUUGCGUAUCAGAAUGGUUUGAAAGAGAGAGGACAUGCCCUUUGUGCAGGGCAUUGGUAAAACCUGCAGAUCUCCGAUCAUUUGGCGAUGGUUCUACUAGUCUGUUUUUCCAGCUAUUCUGAAAUCAACAAUUGUAAAAAUUGUGUAGUUUUUCUUCUUUGAAGUCCAAAAUGCCAAAUCCAUAUUUGAAGUGAUCGCCUCCUAAGCACCUCAUCCAACCACAGGCGAAUCUGACUGUAUUUUUGCUCUGCCUUGUUCGUGGAUAGUGGCAGGAAGUGGUUCCCAACAGAACUGAACUGAACUGGUUAUUUGCUCAUAUGUUGUAUGAAGAAUAGGUCAAUACUGGAAAUGUAUUUAAUGGUCAUUUUAAUCUACGGACCAAGUUUCUUUGGAAAUCCAAACAUAUGCAACAUUGUUCA